AUGCAUCCCACUGAGGCUUCUUCUUAUGAGGCUUACUUCUACUCUGCAGAAGAUAGCUCCAGCAACCAAAGGUCGCCACCGUGCUCAAGUCAAGGCCAGGGCAUGAGCCGGGGCUUUUCCAGUGAUUCGCACAGCUCGGCAUCAACGUACGGAAACGUGUCGCCCGCAACCCCUGGACUAACGGAAGGCAUGUCGAGUUACUACUCCUCCUCAUACGGAAAUACCAAUAUGAGUGCAGAGGACAGUUACUACCUGGAGUCUUCUGAAUACUCUGGCGAAUACUCAGAAUAUCAAUCCCCUGAGGGUUCCAAUACCUGGUGCGCUACAAACGACUUCGCCACGCCGACUGGAUAUUACAGCCAGGAUUGCAACUAUCAAGACCAGAGCACCAGCUAUGUUGUUUCAUCCGAUCCCGCAACCAUGACUUAUGUAACCGCGGGUGACGAAGUGCCUCGAACCCCAACAACAUCUGGCCUUGCCACCGGUUACGAGCCCCCGAGCGGAUACCAUGUAUGUCUUGUAUCUGGAUGCGACACCCAGAUCAUGUUUAAGCGCAAAGCAGACCUACAGCGGCACUACGAGCACAAGCACAAACCGGACAAUCAGAAAGACCAAUUCUUUUGUGACUAUUCCAAAUGCCAACGCAGCAGCGAGGCUUUCCACCGGAUGGACCAUUUCCGGGAUCACUACCGUGAUUUCCACAACGAGGACCUGCCCCGCAAGAACGGCGAGAAGUCGGAUUGGUAUCAGAACCGCAAAGGCAAGGUCUCCAAGAACUGGUGGCGAUGUACCAAGUGCCUACGCCGCAUCCGCAUCGAUGAGCACGGAUGGGACUGCACCUCUUGCAACUCGCACUGCGACACUGCAAGACGAAACAUUCGAGGAUACGCUUAA